CCUGCCAGCAGCAGCUGAAGGAGGAAACUGUCUGGCUAAGGCUGUUUUCAUUCAAACGUCCAGGCACAUGAAUAGAAGACUCCUCGCACCCUCUCCGUGCUGAAUGAAGGAAGAAUAUCAGCAUUUAUGCUGUUAAAUCAGUCUGUCAGCUGGCAUCUCGAGAGCUGGAAUAAGAGUCACCCCUGCCUAUCACGCAGCAAAACAUUUACUUCAAGAGCAGAGAAGGAGAAAGUGCACUUUGCAUGCUUGUUCGAAAGAAGAUAUUCUAGCUCCAGCAGUAAGACAGCAAAUAUUUCUUCCAAAGACCUAGCUAGUGGGGGGAGAUGUUCCUAGACAAAUUCUCAGCAAGUCCAAGGUCUGAACCAGAUGCUCGAAUGAUUAGCCCCACCAAUCCUGCUUGCUAAGAAAGAAAGGAAGAGUUUUUAACUGAUCCUAAUGACAGAAUCAGUUCAAUGUGGAAAGUGGAAAAGACCCUGUUUUUUUCAAACUCUCCUUCAUCUAAUCACUGACACCCAUAACUCUGGAGAAUGGAGAUCAUCAACCAUAUUAGCAAGAGAUAAAACAAGCUUGCCAGAUCACCCAGGUAUAAAUCAUCUGCAACGUGAUAGGUUGACAGAAAAUUCACUUCCUUUGUUCAAAAACGAAAGCCUGUAUAGAGCUAAGCCUGGCAGCAACUCAGAUCUGUCAGUUCCAGAAGAGGACUAAAGAGAUUUGGGCAAAUUAAAACUAUGACAGCAUAAGAAGUUAUAACAACAAAAAACAAUCUCUAACAGGGGCAUGUAAGAAAUGACUUCCAAAGGCUCCUGUACAGCAGUUUGCUUAACCAAGAGGGGUGAACGUCUUACAACCAACACAACUGUGCUUUCUCUACAGAACUCUGGUCAGAAUCCACUUUCAGAUAUGAAUUCCCUUUCUGGAUUUUCUUCAUGAAAUGGGAGAAGGAAGGCAACAUUUUAACGGUGAAUAGAGAAAAUGGACAAAACCUGAGAGCCAGCGAUGACCGAGAUUUAUUUUAAAUACCGUGGAAAUCUUACUGGCCGUGUCCACUUGCCAACCCUGUCAACAGAAGUAAACACAACAGCAGAUAAAUAUGCCAACCUGUACAUGUAUGUUGGCUUGUUCCUAACGCUCCUGGCCAUCCUUCUCAUACUACUCUUCACCAUGCUCUUACGCUUGAAGCACGUGAUCUCCCCAAUCACCACCUCUCCAGAAAGCACAGAAAAUGUUCAACAGUUUACAGAUGUAGAAAUGCACAGCAGGAUUCCUAGCAUUCAAUGAGACGGAAGCAAAAGGAAGAGGAAGGAGUUGCAUGGUUCACAAAGCACCUUUUGUUUGGCCUUUGUGGGAAGGAGAACCCCCACCUGUCCACUUUGCUCUGCAGUGUACUGCACCUGUAUCAAACAAACAUUUUCAGCAUCUAGGGCAGAUGACUCAUUUGUGAAUUGACAGUCAUAAGAUAUCCAGUAGGCUUAGGACACUCCUACCCCCGAAGACUUCAAGCAACGUGUGUUGAGAAGUGUGGUUUCUAGGAGAAUAUAGAGCACAUGUCCUAAAUAAAAUCUAGACCACAGAAGCCUCGUUGCUCUCAGGAGAGACUCAGCUCCUCCUGAAAAGGCUUAAUGCAAAUGAUAAAAGCUACUAUAAUGACAUCCAAAAACCCAAAAACUUACAAGAAUAUAUUCUGAAAGAUGUAUUUGCUGAGUUAUCUUCCCCUCUCUUGCUAGAGGAGAUUCCUUGCCUGAUAGGAGACUUGAACUCAAAGUUAAUUUGUGGCGCAGGCUCAAAGAGCCCACAGGGCACAUAUGAAAAAUGAAUAGUGGUGUGAAAAUCCCCAGACAUCCAUCCCAUUCAAGAAGGAAAAUCUUAAAUGGUGUUUUUUUCCCACUUGGAAUAGCACAUUUGCAAAAUGCAAUUUUGGAAAUAGACAAGUGUUCCUGCUAUAAGGCCAAUGUGCAUCAUAUACUGGGGCUACUAUUUCUAGACAUUAAGAAUCAAACAAACAGUGAAUAGUGCAUUCCAAUUAUCAGAAGGAGGCAGUUCAUUCAGAAUGAAAGAAAAUGAAAGGUAAAGGUAUUUGCAUGAAACAAAGGGCGUGAGUCAUAUUCAGAAGAGACACUGCCUCUGGGUCCCUGCCCUUCCUUUGCAGAAAUUGCAUUCCCUAAAACUAGGUUCAUUUCUUUUAGCUUUCGCAACGUUACUCAGUAAUUAAAAUACUAUUUAAUGUUACUGAAUUAAGUGGACAUUGCUAACAGUGAUAAGGUGGUCCUGAAUUUGGACCUGUCUCUCAUCUCCAUGUAGUUUUCCCGCAGAAACAUGCCAAAACUCCCAAUACUUUUCUUGCAAGGAUACGGGGACAGGGGAGAAGGGGAAGGGAAGAGAAUGCCAAGACCUGGCACUGCAAUAAUAAAUCAGCAUGCACAGCUCUGUACUCUGGAGCUCUCCUAAAUGACCAACUAGUGUGCUGACAAAAUUAAAGGAAAAUAUGAGCACAGAAAUAGGAGAGCAAGAUUCGAACUGAUCAACUGGAACAGUAAGAAAAAAAUAUCUAAAAUUAUGUAACAAUAUGCUGGGAACGUCCUUCUAACAUCUCUCUAUAUAAACAUAUAAUACUCAUGUAAAAAAAUAAAGACUUUCUUCACAUGGGUCAGAAAGAUGGCAAUCAAAUAUAGCAUCUCACUUCUGUUGGGCCACUAUCUCUUGUAACAACACUUUUUAGACAGGGAUAAUUUUAAACUCAUGAUGUACUGGGCAGGGGCUUCCCCGUGGAUUUUAACUAGCACAUCUUACCUCCUCUGCUCCUAUCUAAAUCUAGCCUUGUGAUAAAGCUCCCUUGUGCUUUCCACUUUAUAUACAAUUAUUUGCCAACUCUCCUCUCUCCAAGGGCCUGGAAAGUGAAAACUCCCCACACACAAACAGUGCUAAAAUUAGCAAUGGCACUGACUCUACAGACCUGUAACAACAAUAAGAAUUUGUUCUUCCAAUGCUUCAGGAAUUGUGGUUUCUUUAUCCUUGUAGGUUGUUCGGUGGGUUGUUUUUGACUAGGAGUCUGGCUUCUUUAUCUCUCUAUGGGGAAGAACAAGAUGCUAAAACCACACUGGUCAUGAAUGGUCCACAGCAAGGAUUAGCAUUAUUGUCACUGCUGUUUUGACUGGAAGACUGUUCAAAGACUCUUUCUCCAUAUAGAAUAGCACCUUUUGUACUCAAUGUACUCCAUGAGAUGUAGGCUCAACAUGGAAAAUGAUUAAUGCAGUAAUUAUGUAAGCAAACACAACAUCCAAUAUAUUUCAGCAAUAUCUCCCACACAGCCUUCGACAUUAGACUGUAUUUGCCUGGAAGAUAAAUGUAGGCCCAGUCACAGGUUAUCCUGUACUCUUGUGCCAUGGGAUCAUCACUUGAGCAUCUACUAGACCAGUGGUUUUCAAACUUUUUUUCUGGCGAUGUGGUUGAAGAAAAUUGUUGAUGCCAGUGAGUGGUUCAGGAUGUGGGAGAGGACUCUGGGCUGGGGCAGGGGGUUGGGAGGAGAGCUUCAGGGCUCUGGGCUGGGGCCAGAGAUGAGGGGUCUGGGGUGCAGGAAGGGGCUCUGGGUUGCAGGGAGCCUUAGGGCUGGGGCAGGGGCUUAGGGUGUGAGCUUACCUCCAGUGGCUCCUGGUCAGUGGCACAGCCGGAAUGCAGAGGCAGGCUUCCUGCCUGUCCUGGCACCACAGACCUCGCUGUGCCCUAGAAGCAGCUAGCAGGUCCAGCUCCCUAGGUGAAGUGUGAAAAAUCAGGAUGGGGUGGGGGGUAAUAGAGCCUAUAUAAGAAAAAGACCCAAAAAUCAGGACUGUCCCUAUAAAAAUCGGGACAUCUGAUCACCCUAGUGGAGGUGCACAAGCAGCUCCGUGUGCCUCUCGUGCACAGCCAAUGGACCCCCCAAGCUCCCAUUGGCCAUCUGGUGCUCAGAGCAGGGGCAGUGUGCAGAGUCCCAUGGCCCCCCUACCUACGAGCCGGACCUGCUGCUGGCCACUUCCGGGGAGCAGCGCAGUGUCAGAACACGUAGGGACUACUAAUUUUUACUGGCCGGCCGACAGGGUCCCUGGGUGCUGAGCAAUGAGACCCAGUGCCUUGCAUUCUGCGACCCAGUACUGGGUCAUGACCUGAACUUUGAAAACCACUGUACUAGACAGGACCUUGGCUUAACAGUUCAUCUGAGGGAUGGUACUUCUAAGAGUGCAGCACUCUCCCUGUUGUGAUGCUCUAUCAACACUGCUUAGGAGUCCAGAUUCUACUUGUUCUAGGAUUGAAACCUAAAUCCUGCUAAGACAGAUUGCUACUAACUGAGCCAUGCUGUCAUGUAUGUUAAGGAUAUAAAAAUAGGUUUACUUGAUACAGUUUCAUUCGUUCAGCAGCAAAAGCACAGAAUACUGGCUAAAGUAUGUAUUUACUCCAAUGCAAUCUUAAGUCCCACUGCCAUCUUUUUCAGGACCCUUUAAAAGUGUACAAGAGCUGACCAUUCCUUAACACAUGUGGCAAUGAAGAGUCUCUAAGAAAUAAUAAUCUUCUAUCACAACCACCCAGAGAAGAAAAAGUUUUGCUCCCAAAAAACAGAGAGCUGCAGAUAUACCUAUUUAAUGAAGAUACUUUAAUAAAAAGAAAAAUGACACACAAAUUAAUUUGGGCCCAAUCCUAAUAGCUAUUAAUUCAGUGGCAGACUGAGGCCCUUAAUUUUCUGUUAAAAUAUGUUAACUCAUAAAAGUACUCAUUCAAAUAUUGAUUUAAUAAAUAUAUUGUAAAUGAAAGGUUGAUCCAUUUAUAUUUAAUCAUAUAUUAUAUUUGGGUAGAUAAUAUAUUUCUAUACAAUACUGCCCAGGAAAGGCAGCCAGAGCUACCAACAUAUAGCACCAUUUUUUCCUUCCGAUGUUGUGUGUCUCCAUUUCAGACAGCAAGCAGCUGUUCAGCUCAGUAUGCCCUGGUAUGCUCCCUCAAUAGGCUAUUUACACAAGACCUAUAUAUAUUUUUGUUAGAAAACACAUAUUCACACUGUAUGCGCUGCUUGUCUUUUUCAAGGCUAGCAAAUUUUAA